UUUAAAUACAGUAAACAGUACAUCGGCACUCCACUACAUAGCUGCUACUACGAAGAUAUAUCAGAUUUCAGAAGAAGACUAUCAGAAGACUCAAAAACAGCAAGACGAUCGACGAAUCCUUGGACAGUAGCGUGUAUUUCAUAUUUCAGGAUUUCAUACUUUCAUACAAAGAAUUUCAACAUAUUGUCAUGGAUAAGCAAAGAAACAGAACCAUGAAACUGAUGUGGAUCUGCCUCCUGUUCGUCGGCGCAGUGGUUGCCGAUGGCAACGAGAAAGAGGAUGUGGGGACCGUAAUUGGCAUCGAUUUGGGGACUACCUAUUCCUGUGUUGGCAUCUUCAAAAAUGGCCGUGUGGAAAUCAUCGCCAAUGACCAAGGUAACAGAAUCACCCCUUCUUAUGUGGCCUUCACUGCUGAGGGAGAGCGUCUCAUUGGUGAUGCUGCCAAGAACCAGCUGACCUCCAAUCCAGAGAACACUGUCUUUGAUGCAAAGAGAUUGAUCGGUCGCACUUGGGGUGAUUCUUCUGUGCAGCAGGACAUGAAAUACUUUCCUUUCAAGGUGAUUGAAAAGAAGAGAAAACCCCACAUACAGCUUAACGUUAGUAGCCAGAUGAAAACAUUCACACCAGAAGAGAUCUCUGCCAUGGUUCUCACUAAGAUGAAGGAAACCGCAGAGGCAUACCUGGGAAAGAAGGUCACCCAUGCCGUGGUCACUGUUCCUGCUUACUUCAAUGAUGCCCAGCGUCAGGCCACCAAGGAUGCUGGAACCAUCGCCGGCCUGAACGUUAUGAGGAUCAUUAACGAGCCAACUGCAGCUGCCAUUGCCUAUGGUUUGGAUAAGAAAGGUGGUGAGAAGAACAUCCUUGUGUUUGACCUUGGUGGGGGUACCUUUGAUGUGUCCCUCCUGACUAUUGACAAUGGCGUGUUUGAGGUCGUGGCCACAAAUGGAGACACUCACUUGGGAGGUGAAGACUUUGAUCAGCGUGUCAUGGAGCACUUCAUCAAGCUGUACAAGAAGAAGACGGGCAAGGAUGUGCGUAAAGACAACCGUGCGGUUCAGAAGCUGCGUCGUGAGGUUGAGAAGGCCAAGAGAGCCCUGUCUGCCCAACAUCAAACUCGUAUAGAGAUUGAGGCUUUCUUUGACGGCGAAGACUUCUCCGAGACCCUGACCCGUGCCAAAUUUGAGGAGCUUAACAUGGACCUUUUCCGGUCAACGAUGAAGCCUGUGCAGAAGGUUCUGGAAGAUGCUGACAUGAAGAAGUCUGAUGUUGAUGAGAUUGUGCUGGUCGGUGGCUCCACUCGCAUUCCCAAGAUCCAGCAGCUGGUGAAGGAUUUCUUCAACGGCAAGGAGCCCUCCAGAGGCAUCAACCCUGAUGAAGCAGUGGCCUACGGAGCUGCUGUGCAGGGUGGCGUACUCUCUGGGGAAGAUGAUGCACAAGUGCUUCUUCUAGAUGUGUGUCCCUUGACUCUUGGCAUUGAGACUAUGGGAGGAGUGAUGACCAAGCUGAUCCCCAGGAACAGCGUGGUGCCAACCAAGAAGUCUCAGAUCUUCUCCACAGCCACUGACAAUCAGCCAUCUGUCACUAUCAACGUUUUUGAAGGUGAACGUGCCAUGAUCAAAGACAACCACCUUCUUGGUAACUUUGACUUGACUGGCAUUCCUCCAGCACCCCGUGGGGUCCCACAGAUAGAGGUAACCUUCGAGCUCGACGCCAAUGGCAUCCUGAGUGUGUCGGCUGAAGACAAGGGAACUGGCAACAAGAACAAGAUCACCAUCACCAACGACCAGAACCGCCUGAGCAAGGAGGACAUCGAUCAGAUGGUGAAAGAUGCUGAGCUCUUCGCCGACGAAGACAAGAAGUUAAAAGAGCGUAUCGACGCCCGCAACGAGCUGGAGAGCUACGCUUACUCCCUGAAGAACGAGGUGGGGAACAAAGAGAAGCUGGGCGGCAAGCUGUCCGACGACGACAAAGAAACCAUCGAGAAGGCCGUGGAGGAGAAGGUUGAAUGGAUGGAGUCCCACCAGGAGGCUAACACAGAAGAAUUUAAGGCCAUGAAGAAGGAGUUGGAGGAGGUUGUUCAGCCCAUCAUAGGCAAGCUCUACGGCAACGCGGGCGGACCUGCCCCAGAGGAGGGUGAGCAGAACAGAGAUGAGCUAUAGUGGGCUUGGUGUCCACUUCUAUACAUGCACAGACUCUGCUCUCUUUAAUGAGAUGAGCCAUAGCCUUGGUGCCCACUUCCUAACAUGCAUAGACUUUGUUUUUUUUAAUGCAUAGGGCAUCUCGGGUAAAGCUCAGAUCUCUGCACGGACUACUGGACUAAGAUAAGAUAGAACCUGUUGGCUGACAGCGCCACCUCGCUGGUGUAGGCGGAAAUGCCGUUUUCUUGAUAAUGGGUUUUUGUUCAGUGAUUUAAAACAAAGUUUUUAAAGCCUUUUUGAAAUGCAGGGUGUAUGAUGGGAAGGCAGACAGAGAUGUUGAAGAGUGGCCAGCUCUUCCUCAAUAUGCUCCAUGGCCUUCCGUAUGAUGUGCUGCUGCAGGCUGUUAAAAUGUGUUGGGACAGCCUGUAGGCCUGUUCACAGUACCAAUGAUUAUUAUUAGACACCACAUGAUGUGUGCUGCUCUUAUUUAUUUCAUUCAUCUUAUUAUUUUGGGGUGGGGAUGGAAUUGUAAUAAUGGCGGAUAUAGGUGGAUUUCAAAAUAUGACAUGCACUGUUAUUUAUUUGAAUCUGUAUUUCAAAGUUUUGUGGCUUUAAAAAAAAUAAAUAUUUAUUUUGAGAGUAA